GACGGAAAGGUAACUAGCCCCUUCCUGCUUAAAAGAGCAAAGGGAGAUCGUGGGCAGCCUUGCAGCUUCCCCCUCUCCACUCCUGGACCAUGCACCCCUGCAUCUUCUUGCUUGGCCACAGGCGAGGACUUGAUUUCUUGAGCUAAAACUUGUUGACUUUUCUCUCCGCAACAACUGAAUCAUGCCAUGUGCACAGAGGAGCUGGCUUGCAAAGCUCUCCGUGGUGGCUCAGCUCCUGAACUUUGGGGCCCUUUGCUAUGGGAGACAACCUCAGCCCGGCCCUGUGCUCUUCCCGGACAGGAGGCAAGAGCAUUUUGUCAAGGCCCUGCCAGAAUACCACGUGGUGGCUCCUGUCCGAGUUGACGCGAGCGGGCAUUUUCUGUCUUAUGGCUUGCACCAUCCUGUCACCAGCAGCAGGAGGAAGAGAGAUUUGGAUGGCCCAGAGGACCGGGUGUACUAUAGAAUUUCCCAUGAGGAGAAGGACCUGUUUUUUAACUUGACGGUCAAUCAGGGAUUACUUUCCAAAAGCUACAUCGUGGAGAGGAGAUAUGGGAACCUCUCCCAUGUGAAGAUGGAGGCUUCCUCGGGUCCCCCCUGCCAUCUCAGGGGCACAGUUCAGCAGCAAGGCACCAGGGUUGGGACUGCAGCCCUCAGUGCCUGCCAUGGACUGACUGGAUUUUUCCAUCUGCCACAUGGAGACUUUUUCAUUGAGCCUGUCAAAAAUCAUCUGGCUGAGGGAGUAUACCACCCACAUGUCAUGUACAGAAGGCAGAGGCCAGGCGUCCAGGAGAUGAAGGAGCCAACCUGCGGAUUAAAGGACAGUCUUGGCACCUCCCAGAAGCAAGAGCUACAGCGAGAGAAGUGGGCGAGGAGCAAGUUGCCAGGCAGAAGCCUCUCUCGGCGUUCCAUCAGCAAGGAGAGGUGGGUGGAGACACUGGUGGUGGCCGACACGAAGAUGAUUGAGUACCAUGGGAGCGAGAAUGUGGAGUCCUAUAUCCUCACCAUCAUGAACAUGGUCACCGGGUUGUUCCAUAACCCAAGCAUUGGCAAUGCAGUUCACAUCGUUGUGGUCCGGCUCAUUCUACUUGAAGAAGAAGAGCAAGGAUUGAAAAUAGUUCACCAUGCAGAGAAGACACUGUCCAGCUUCUGUAAGUGGCAGAAGAGCAUCAAUCCCAAGAGUGACCUCAACCCUGCCCAUCAUGAUGUGGCCGUCCUUCUCACCAGAAAAGACAUCUGUGCUGGUGUCAAUCGCCCCUGUGAGACUCUGGGUCUGUCGCACCUGUCGGGAAUGUGCCAGCCUCACCGGAGUUGUAACAUCAAUGAAGAUUCUGGACUCCCCCUGGCUUUCACAAUUGCCCAUGAGCUUGGACACAGCUUCGGCAUGCAGCAUGACGGGAAGGAAAAUGACUGUGAGCCUGUGGGCAGGCACCCAUCGAUCAUGUCCCGCCAGCUCCAGUACAAUCCCACCCCACUGACGUGGUCCAAGUGCAGCAAGGAGUACAUCACCCGCUUCCUGGACCGAGGCUGGGGGUUCUGUCUUGAUGACAACCCCAAAAAGAAAGGCUUGAAGUCCAACGUCAUUGCCCCCGGAGUGAUCUAUGAUGUUCACCACCAAUGCCAGCUGCAGUAUGGCCCCAAUGCUACCUUCUGCCAGGAAGUAGAAAAUGUUUGCCAGACACUGUGGUGCUCUGUGAAAGGCUUUUGUCGCUCCAAGCUGGACGCUGCUGCAGACGGGACGCGAUGUGGUGAGAAGAAGUGGUGUAUGGCUGGCAAGUGUAUCACAGUGGGCAAGAAACCAGAGAGUAUUCCCGGAGGCUGGGGCCGCUGGUCACCCUGGUCCCACUGUUCCAGGACCUGUGGAGCUGGAGCCCAGAGUGCAGAGAGGCUCUGCAACAACCCUGAACCAAAGUUUGGAGGGAAGUACUGCACUGGAGAAAGAAAACGCUAUCGCUUGUGCAACGUUCACCCCUGUCGCCCAGAUACACCAACAUUUCGGCAGAUGCAGUGCAGUGAGUUUGACACUGUUCCCUACAAGAAUGAAUUCUACCACUGGUUUCCAGUUUUUAAUCCAGCACGUCCUUGUGAGCUCUACUGCCGACCCAUAGAUGGCCAGUUUUCCGAGAAAAUGCUGGAUGCUGUCACUGAUGGUACCCCUUGCUUUGAAGGCGGCAACAGCAGAAAUGUCUGUAUUAAUGGCAUAUGUAAGAUGGUCGGCUGUGACUAUGAGAUCGAUUCCAACGCCACGGAGGAUCGCUGUGGCGUGUGCCUUGGGGAUGGCUCAGCCUGUCAGACCGUGAAGAAGGUGUUUCAACAGAAAGAAGGAUCUGGUUAUGUUGACAUCGGGCUGAUUCCCAAAGGAGCCAGGGACAUACGGGUAAUGGAGGUUGAGGGAGCUGGAAACUUUCUGGCCAUCAGGAGUGAAGACCCUGAAAAAUAUUACCUCAAUGGAGGAUUUAUUAUCCAGUGGAAUGGGAACUACAAGCUGGCAGGGACCAUCUUUCAAUAUGACAGGAAAGGAGACCUGGAGAAACUGAUGGCCACAGGUCCCACCAAUGAGUCAGUGUGGAUCCAGCUUCUAUUCCAGGUGACUAACCCUGGCAUCAAGUAUGAGUACACAAUCCGGAAAGAUGGCCUUGACAAUGACGUGGAAAAGCUGGUGUACUUCUGGCAGUAUGGCCGCUGGACAGAGUGCAGUGUGACGUGUGGGACAGGUGUACGCCGCCAGACUGCCCAUUGCGUGAAGAAGGGUCGCGGGAUGGUGAAAGCUACGUUCUGUGACCCAGAAACACAACCCAAUGGGAGACAGAAGAAGUGCCACGAAAAGGAUUGUCCACCCAGGUGGUGGACAGGGGAGUGGGAAACAUGUUCAGCGACAUGUGGCCCCCACGGAGAGAAGAAGCGAACGGUGCUGUGCAUCCAGACCGUGGGCUCUGAUGAGCAGCAAGCUCUCCCGGCUCGAGACUGCCAGCACCUGCUGAAGCCCAAGACCCUCACCUCCUGCAACAGAGACAUCCUGUGUCCGUCGGACUGGACAGUGGGCAACUGGAGUGAGUGUUCUGUUUCCUGUGGUGGCGGAGUGCGGAUUCGCAGUGUCACGUGUGCCAAGAACCACAAUGAGCCCUGCGACGUGACAAGGAAACCCAAUAGCCGAGCUCUGUGUGGCCUCCAGCAGUGCCCAUCUAGCCGGAGAAUUCUAAAACCCAACAGAGGCACAAUGUCCAAUGGGAAAAAGCUACCAACAACUGACCCCUUCAAGCCCAUCCCUCCAACUACACCUAGUCCUAGGGUGCUGACUACACCCACAGUGCCUGGGCCUAUGAACACAAGUGCUCUGACGAUCAACAGCCCUGGUCCUACCACAGCCUCCAAAGAAGGAGACCUGGAUGGGGAACAGUGGCAGAAUAGUUCAACCCAAACUGAACUGGACUCUCAUGAUGUCAUUUCCACUGGAAGUACUUCCCAGCCCACGCUCACUUCCUGGUCUUUGAGUACCCAGCCAAAUGAAGAGAAUGUUUCCAAUCCAGACACUGGUCCUAUCUCAGAGGGAGGCCUUGUAGUCACAACAAUGAGUGGUUCUGAUUUGUCAACCUCCAGCAAUCCUGUGACAUGGCAGUUGACUCCAUUUUAUAAUCCCUUGACCAAAGAGCCAGAAAUGGAGAUUCACAGUGGCUCAGGGGAAGACCGGGAACAACCUGAGAACAAAGAUGGGAACAACUCUGUGACAUGGACCCAGAUCCGAGUACCUGGAAGUGCUGCUCCCGCAGAAAGAAGUACAGAAGUGCCACUUGGACCUCCACCAACACCCGAUCUUACAGGGGCAUCCCUAUGGCCACCCUUCAGCACAGUGUCGGAAGGACUGGUGCCCAGCCAAAGGCCCACCACUCUCAAAAAUGGUGCACCCAGAGCUGAGGGGAUGGUCACUGAAAAGCCAGCUAACACUCCACCCCCUCUGGGGGGAGACCACCAGCCAGCAUACUCAGAAAAGCCAGUAAACCAUCCCCCGCGAGAACUUCCAAGCAACAUGAAUCUAACACAGAGCUCCGGACCAGUCCUGACCGAGGAAGACGCAACGGGUCUGAUCGCUGAAGGGUUCUUGCUGAAUGCCUCGGAUUACAAGCAGCUCUCAACGGGCCACAGCCCUGUGUACUGGACUGUUGGAAACUGGAGCAAGUGUUCCACCACGUGUGGCCUGGGGGCCUACUGGCGGAGCGUGCAGUGCAGCACCCACGUGGAUUCCGACUGCGCUGCCCUGCAGAGGCCUGACCCUGCUAAGAGGUGCCACCUCCGUCCCUGCGCCGGCUGGAAAGUGGGAAACUGGAGCAAGUGCUCCAGAAACUGCAGUGGGGGCUUCCAGAUCCGGGAGAUUCAGUGUGUGGACAGCCGGGACCACCGGAGCCUGAGGCCAUUUCACUGCCAGUUCCUGGCUGGCACUCCUCCUCCGCUGAGCAUGAGCUGUAACCUGGAGCCCUGCGAGGAGUGGCAGGUGGAGGCUUGGAGCCAGUGUUCCAGGUCAUGUGGAGGUGGAAUUCAGCAGAGAGGAGUGACUUGUCCAGGAGGCCUGUGUGACUGGACGAAAAGGCCCACAUCCAUUGCACCCUGCAAUGGGCAUCCUUGCUGUCACUGGGCCACUGGGAACUGGGACCUGUGCACUGCAUCCUGUGGAGGUGGCUUUCAGAAGAGGACUGUCCAUUGUGUUGCCUCAGAGAACAAUAAAACUGAAGACCAGGACCGAUGCCUGUGUGAUCACGAACCCAGACCUCCAGAAUUCCAAAAAUGCAACCAGCAGGCCUGCAGGAAGAAUGCUGAUUUACUUUGCACCAAGGACAAGUUAUCAGCCAGUUUCUGCCAGACACUAAAAACCAUGAAGAAAUGUUCUGUGCCCACAGUGAGGGCUCAGUGCUGCCUCUCGUGUUCCCAGACACACAUCGCCCACACCCAAAGGCCAAGAAAGCGACAGCCAUUCAAAAACACCAGAGCACCCUAAGUCCAGAAGAAAGCCACCCUCCACCACAGACUCCAGCAGCCUGCUGACCAUGACACGUUCUAGGCCCAGGGGCCACUUCAUUGCGGUUUUACUCUGUGUAUUUCAGGUUCAACUCUGGCUCAUAACUAAACAAAGCCCACUGUUCUUUAGCCACAAAACGUCCCUCAUAGGAGACAUGGGGCUGUAAUGCUCACCGCUCCCUGAUACGCAGGUGAGGUAUCCAGGAGAAUCGGGCCUCUCGUGAGAUCAGCUCGUGGGAAAGGUGCCAAGGCGGGCAAGUCUGUGAAACGAUGUCUUUUGUUCCUCCCUUAAAGAUAAAAACAGAGAGACCAGAUUUUUUCCCAGACUACCUCAAGAGUAUCAGGAAACAGAGCCACACUUAUCCAGGGAAAAAAUAACCUUGUUAAUUUACCUUGGUGAAAUCACCCCUUUUUUGUCUCCCUACUUGGGGCAGCUGCUGUUUAAAAUAUCAUGGGAGAGCUUUCAGGAACAUUCUUGUAAUUCAUCCAGGAAGGGGACCGCUUUCUUCACCCCGUGUUCAACUGGGGCAGGAAGAGAAAGUGCUGGCUUCACCCUCAGUCUGUCCCUAAGCCCUAUGGACUCUUCAUCUGGGCUGUUUAGACUCCCAUUCCUUCCUGGAGACACUAGAAGAAGAGGACAUGGGCAGGAACUGUAGGCUUUAGUAAACCUAAGGGAUUUAGGUUAGCUAUACAGAAGACAUUUCUGACUUAAGGAUAAUUUCUAUGAAAACUCUUAAAAAGCAAAUUAACAGAAAUCAAUUUCUUGCUAGUAUAAGGAAGAGAAGAACAUGGGCUUUUUGUUCUUCCUACUUCCCUGGCAAAUACCCAUUCCUUUGCAGAAGAGCAAAUGAGUCUUCCUGUGUGGCUUUCCCUUCUCUAGCAUAUUCCCUGCCUGAAUCUUCAGUUCAGGGUGAACGUCUUUUCACCACUAGGGGUUUACACACCACAACUGCUACGGCCAGGUCCACAGCUGCAACCUGCCCCCACCUACCCUCAGGUUGGAAAACGGAGCUCUAGAUUAAAAUAUUUCCGAGAACCAGGUAAAUUGUAUUAAGUAUAGAAAAACUUAGUAUAAACUUCUAGUCUCGAGAAAAAAAACUUUUCAAGAGUGAGGUAAAUCUGAUCUAUUCUCUAGCACAC